CUUUCCUCUACUACUGAUGGAAGCUCCGGGAGAAACCUCGAUCGGAGUUCCGUUGUUCCGGGACGAGAACUCAUCGGAAAACAGCGACGAGCUUGACAAGUACAUAAAACGACUCGAGCUUUUUCUCCGAUGUUUCGGCUUCUAUCAGUCUUCUGCUCUGAGCUUCUCUCUCUCUUGGUUGGCUUUCUUCCUCAUCGGCGUUGCUCUUCCCUUCAUCAUUAUCGAAUUCUCAUACUGCUCCGACUGCCAAAAGUACGGAAUCAGACUUUUUGAACUCGAAAUUCUCACCAUUGAGAUUCUUCUCGCAGCUAUCUCUCUCACAUGCAUUUCUCACAAUCUUCGUAAGUACGGCGUCAAGAAGCUGCUCUUUGUCGAUCACUUUCGCGGCGAUAUCGUUCAAUUCCGUGAUCGUUUUAUACUCAAGUUUCGCGGUUUUUUCACUGUGGUGUUCGUCUGGUUCGUACCUUGCUUAUUGUUGAAGACUGGCCGUGAAGUCAGUCGUGUAAUCUUUCUACAAUAUGAUUCGUGGGGACAACCUGCUCUAACUGUAAUAGCUUUGCUGAUUUCAUGGACAUACUUAACCAUAAUCUUCCUCUCCGGCGCGGCGAUGUUCAAUUUGGUUUGCAAUUUACAAGUUAUACACUUUGAGAACUACGGGAAGCUUCUAGAAAGGGAUUUGGAUGUUUCAGUUUAUAUAGAGGAGCAUAUUCGUCUAACUCAUUAUCUAUCCAAAAUCAGCCACAGAUUUCGUCUGUUUGUUCUCCUAGAGUUGCUGGUCGUCACUGCAGGUCUCCUGGUCGCUUUGUUUCAGACCACGGGCAAUCAUGGAAUCCUCAAUUUGAUCAACGGCGGUGAUUUUGCUGUCUCUUCUAUUGUGGAGACUGUUGGCAUAAUCUUAUGCCUUCAUGCAGCUACGAAAAUAUCUCAUAGAGCUCAAGGAAUUGCGUCUGUUGCUAGCCGAUGGCACGCUUAUGCUACUUGUAAUUCGAGUGGUGCGAAUUUGGAUUCAGGCAACCCAACUGACGUUUUGCCUAUGUACUACUCAGACAGUGAUUUGGAGUCAUCGACUGGAGGCUAUAUGUCUAUUCCCACCAAUACCCAAUUGGUUUCUUACAUGUCUUCCUAUCACAAACGUCAAGCUUUUGUCACUUAUUUGCAGUGCAAUCCUGGAGGGUUCACGGUAUUUGGAUGGACAGUUGAUCGGAUACUAAUCAACACUAUCUUCUUUAUCGAGUUUUCGCUCUUUUCCUUUGUUCUUGGAAAGACAAUAACUGUCACCACAAAAUGAUAAGAAGUGCUUCUUUGUCAAUGAAUGGUUACCAGUUACCAUCCAAGGCCCAAGCCCCCGGCUGAGUAUAUGAACUUGGCAGUUUAAAUGUAAUUUUUCACUUAUGUAUACAUGAGGAUUAUAAUAUUAGCUAAUUGUGUAAA